UAAUUUCCUCUUUUCACGGAAUUUCAAAUUCCAAAUUUUGUUUAUCAGCGGGACUUUUCACGUUUAUCAGCACACACCGCCUACAUCAGUUAGAAAGCCACUGGAAUUUCGCUUUUGCUCUGGAGAAAAAAAAUGGAAUUCGUCUCGGAGAAGAUGGAUACUUGUACCAAAGAACAACUAAAACUCUACCAAAACUGGUUUACCUCUGUCGAUUCAGAUCGCGACGGACGUUUGACGGCAAAUGAUGCGACGGAGUUUUUUGCGAUGUCUCAUUUAACGAAGCCGGAACUCAAGCAGGUUUGGGCGAUUGCUGAUACGAAGCGACAAGGGUAUUUAGGUCUCAAGGAGUUUAUUACCGCAAUGCAGCUGAUAUCAUUGGCACAAGAAGGACAUGAGCUAACUUCAAGUCUCCUUAGGAGUACAGUUUAUUUGGAGACACUGAGUCCUCCAUACAUGGAAGGUUUGGAUGCAUUUCUGGAAAAGAAUAGGAGGGCAGUGUUAAAUGGCAAUUCUGAAACCACUGGAAAUACGCAGCCACAGCCACCACCAAAAAGUUUGUUUAGUACCAAGUCAAAAAAGAAGAACCAAACUUCGCUACCAUCUGUUACGUCAGUGAUUGACGGCUUGAAGAGACUGUAUAAUGAAAAGCUAAAGCCAUUGGAAGCUACUUAUCGUUUUAACGAUUUUGUAUCUCCUUUUUUGACCAGUAGUGAUUUUGAUGCCAAGCCUAUGGUCAUGCUUUUGGGUCAGUACUCAACUGGAAAAACAACAUUUAUAAAACACUUGCUCCAAUGCAACUAUCCAGGUGCUCAUAUUGGACCUGAGCCAACUACCGAUCGAUUUAUUGUUGUCAUGUCCGGACCAGAUGAAAGGAGCAUUCCUGGAAACACUAUUGCUGUACAUGCAGAGCUCCCAUUUACCGGUUUGAAUACUUUUGGUGGAUCAUUUUUAUCUAAGUUCGAGUGUUCUCAACUUCCACAUCCAUUGCUAGAAAACAUAACAUUUGUGGACACGCCUGGUGUAUUAUCCGGAGAAAAGCAACGGACACAAAGAAGCUACGAUUUUACGGGUGUCAUAUCGUGGUUCGCAGCAAAAUGCGAUGUAAUACUUCUCCUAUUCGAGCCCCAUAAGCUUGACAUUAGUGAUGAGUUCAAACGGGUAAUCUCAUCACUACGCGGCCAUGAUGACAAAAUCCGUGUUGUUUUGAAUAAAGCCGAUCAAGUUGAUACGCAACAGCUGAUGAGAGUGUAUGGUGCACUAAUGUGGUCACUCGGGAAAGUUCUGAAUACUCCAGAGGUAUCUCGUGUCUAUAUUGGAUCAUUUAACGACAAGCCUGUGAACGAAGCAGCCAUUGGACCUGUAGGAAAGGAACUUUUUGAAAAAGAGCAAGACGACCUUCUGCUAGACUUGAUAGACAUACCGAAGAAGGCUUGCGAUCGUCGGAUCAACGAAUUUGUGAAACGUGCUAGAGAUGCCAAGAUCCAUGCGUACAUAAUUAGCCAACUCAAGAAAGAGAUGCCUGCUGUAAUGGGCAAAGCUAAAGCACAGCGGAAACUUGUGGAUAAUCUUGAAAAAGUAUUUGAAAAGGUUCAGAAAGAAUAUCAUUUACCAGCUGGAGACUUUCCAAGUGUGGAGCAUUUUAGGGAAGUCCUGAGUCGUUAUAGCAUUGAUGAUUUCGAGAAGUUGAAACCGAAAAUGAUUCAAGCCGUUGAUGACAUGCUUAGCUACGAUAUUCCCGAGCUUUUGAAAAGUUUUAGGAAUUUGUAUGGCUAAAACGGGUAAGAAAAACUUCGAGUCGCGAAGUUGUUAAGCAGUACAUAUUUUUGUGCGUGUGUCUGCAGGAGUGAAACAAUUUGUUUCCAUGUUCUGCAUUAAGAUCGAGUUACUAUUGAGAAUUUCUUUGUGGUUAAUAACUGACAAAACAAUCUUCUAAGACCUUCUCGAUUUUCUUUCUUUUCUUUCUUUCUUUUUUUUUUUUUUGUCAAUUUUAUUUUAUGUCUGAACUUGAUAUUUUUCUACCGUUUUUCCUAAUUCAAGGAUGCCAAACUUCGACGGCAUUCCUAGCUGUGGUCUGGAUUGAGGACCAUUUAAUUCUAUGUUCACUAAAAGUCUGCAGGUGGUUUUGCGUGACUGAUUUAAAUAAAUCAAAGAAAAAAUUAGUCCA